AUGGGCCGAAAAUUUUAUGGAGAACACCGGUGGAAUACUAUGCUGUUUAAGUCAACUAUUUUUCAGUUGUUCAUUUUUGAUUCUGUAAAUAUAGUAGAUGCCGUAUUGAUAAGUAUUGAACAGCUGGACCGUCCAGAAUUUCCUUUAUUUCUUUCUCAGUUAAUCUUAGGAGUUUCAACCAUCACUUCUUCAUUUCUGUAUGCCUUCCUACCAGUUCUCACCGUUCAUAUAAGUAAAACAGCCACUCAAAAAUGUCAUAUAAAUGCACAAUCCGCUGCAGUUGGUACAUGUGAUGAGUUAAAUUAUUCACCUAUUGGUAAUGCUUUGGAUUGCAUUUUGCGAACUGGAAUUUCCUUAGCUGUUGGUUUACCACCUCCCAUCAAAGUUAUACACGUUGUGAAAAUGAAAAUCGUUGGCCGUAUGUCAACACACGUUGCUCCACGUGAUCAAAAACGAAUUCUUGUUAAUGAACAAGAAUUUGAACAAAUUUGUUGA